AUGACCAUCACGACCAACCUCCCUCAGGUCUCCAAGAAUUCUCGUCCCGCUCCACCUAUUCAAAUAAUUCAACCAACAUAUUCAUUUAACGACAUAUCUCGAAAAGUUCUUCGCGCCAAUUACCCUUCAACUUUACGCAAUCGCGCUUCGAGUAACCCUGACCACUUAACUAACGGCGAUUCGUCAAAUUCCAAAUUAUUACCGGGAAAUGAAAACGUACCAGACAUUGAUCAGAUUCUGGAAGUUCUAAUAUCGACAAAUCUAAAUACAAGCAAUACCUUCGAACAUGACCUAUUAGAUUUGUUGAUAGCCGGAUGUUAUGCCAUCAACCCUGGGGAAGAGCACGUCGCCUCGAAAUUUAGCAGAGUCAUAUUUACCUUCUGCAGCAAACAUAUGGUUAACCUCAAUGCAAAAAUUAAUGACGGCCAAGUUCCACUGGAUCUAUUGGUCAACUUUUUGAUUAACGCAUUUACGAGAGCCGCCCAACCCGUGUAUGUUGUUGAUAUUUUGAGAGCAUUAAGUCAAGUACUGAUAGAAAAUGGUGCCAACUGUCAAAAGCUUCACGGGAAAAUUUUGCAAACAAUUCUUCCUGUCGCAAGAUACGAUAAUCCAAAUUAUGAGGUCAGACGUAUGGCGAUUAACUGUCUUGGGAAUUUGUGCUUUCGUAGCGGUGCAAAACUACAAGGGAAAUAUAAAAACAUAUACGACGUCCUCUUGGAGAACUUGUCCACGCAAGACAUCACAAUAGAUGAUAGUGCCUUAUUAAAGGUUAUUAGUUGUACGCUUAGGUCGCUGCAAUUGGUCAUAAAUGAAGAUAAAAGUGUGUUGGCCGAACCGUUUCGUCCCACGAUUGAAGCUAUCAAAAAGUGCAUAUUCUUCAAUGUGAACGAAUUGAAACAAAAUUCAGGUAUUAUUCCGUUGUAA